AUGCCCACCGUGGAUGACAUUCUGGAGCAGAUUGGGGAGUUUGGCUGGUUCCAGAAGCAAGCCUUCCUCAUCCUAUGCCUGCUGUCGGCUGCCUUUGCGCCCAUCUGUGUGGGCAUCGUCUUCCAGGGUUUCACACCUGACCACCGCUGCCAGAGCCCUGGGGUGGCUGAGCUGAGCCAGCGCUGCGGCUGGAGCCCCGCGGAGGAGCUCAACUACACGGUACCAGGCCUGGGGCCCGCGGGCGAGGCCUUCCUUGGCCAGUGCAGGCGCUAUGAAGUGGACUGGAACCAGAGCGCCCUCAGCUGUGUAGACCCCCUGGCUAGCCUGGCCACCAACAGGAGCCACCUGCCACUGGGUCCCUGCCAGGAUGGCUGGGUGUAUGACACGCCUGGCUCUUCCAUCGUCACUGAGUUCAACCUGGUGUGUGCUGACUCCUGGAAGCUGGACCUCUUUCAGUCCUGUUUGAAUGCGGGCUUCUUCUUUGGCUCUCUGGGCAUUGGCUACGUUGCAGACAGGUUUGGCCGUAAGCUGUGUCUCCUGGGCACCGUGCUGGUCAACGCUGUGUCAGGCGUGCUCAUGGCCUUCGCGCCCAACUACACGUCAAUGCUGCUUUUCCGCCUGCUGCAGGGCCUGGUCAGCAAGGGCAACUGGAUGGCCGGCUACACCCUAAUCACAGAAUUUGUUGGCUCGAGCUCCAGAAGAACGGUGGCGAUCAUGUACCAGAUGGCCUUCACGGCGGGGCUGGUGGCGCUUACCGGGCUGGCCUACGCCCUGCCUCACUGGCGCUGGCUGCAGCUGGCAGUCUCCCUGCCCACCUUCCUCUUCCUGCUCUACUACUGUGAACCACAGAAUUAUCAUGUUUUUUGUCCUUUGUAUUUUAUCAGGAACCUCGGAGUGAUGGUGUGUUCCUCCCUGUGUGACAUAGGUGGGAUAAUCACCCCCUUCAUAGUCUUCAGGCUGAUGGAGGUUUGGCAAGCCUUGCCCCUCAUUUUAUUUGCGGUGUUGGGCCUGCUUGCUGCGGGAGUGACGCUACUUCUUCCGGAGACCAAGGGGGUCGCUUUGCCAGAGACCAUGAAGGACGCCGAGAACCUUGGGAGAAAAGCAAAGUCCAAAGAAAACACAAUUUACCUUGAGGUCCAAACCUCAGAACCUUCGGGCACCUGAGAGAGAUGCUUUGCGGCGAUUUAGUGUUGGAGGGAUGAAGAUGGAGUUAUCCUCUGCAGAAAUUCGUAGACGCCUUCACUUCUCUGUAUUCUUCCUCAUACUUGCCUACCCUCAAAU